CUUCAUAGUGUGUGUUGGUGAGAGAGAGAGAGAGAGAGAGAGAGAGAGAGAGAGAAAGAGAGAAAGAGAGAAAGAGAGAAAAUGGUUUACAGGAUUCACAGGAGAACAGUACUGUAUAGGAGCAUACAAAAGCUUCGUUCAAUCACUAACUCUCAUGCGCGGCGUAAAACCUCUCUGAUACUGAAUGCAUCGAGGUACAUACGUAGUUUGAAGCAAAAGUUGCAGGAAUUGAACCAAUUAGCAGUUGCUGCAGCACAAAAUGCCAUCGAUAACAAUCCAACGCCUGUGAUUAAAGUGGAAACUCAAGAAGAGGGGUUUACGAUCAAGGUGGUGUGUGAAAAGAGUUGCCAGGGGUUGUUGACAUUCAUCUUGGAAGCCUUUGAAAAGCUUGGUCUUGAUGUUCUUCGGGCUAGGGCUUCUUGUGUGGAGAGCUUCUCUUUAGAAGCUUUUGGAAUCAAAGAGAACAAGGCCCCUCAAGUGGAUGCACAAAUGAUUGAGGAAAAGGUGUCUCAAGCUAUAAAAAACAGGAGGGAAAUCACAAAGCAAUGUUGAUCCUGCAAUGAAUCUGGUUUAUGAUAAGAACAAGUUUUCUUUUCUUUAUUUUUCAGUUGAUUUUGUUGUUUCAUCGUUCAAAGUGUUAUCAUAAAUUAGCCCAAUCUACUCUGUUUGGUAUACAUUUUGUGGUAGUGGUGACCAAUUUUGGAAUUGGAUUAUCGUAUACAGUGUUUUAUCGUUCAAAAUAUUAUCAUAAAUUAGCCCAA